AUGCAAAAUGGAAAUUGUACAGAGGAAAUCUUUACAUGUCGUCUCAGGGAUCUGCCACAACUACAGAUCUAUGGCUAUAGCCAGAGCAGUGUUACAGUUAGAUUAAGCACAGCACAUGCUUCGUCAGAUGAUGUCUGUAAACAUGAAGAACUUGGAGUUGGCAAAACAAAUGACGUGAGGACAGGAGUCUGUGGAAAUGGCAUGAAAGGCACCAUAACUUACAAAUGUGAAUCACGUCAUUGGAAAUCAAUAGAGGACAACUGUGUACUUGAAGUUAUCAACAAACUUACAAGUGAAGUUGAGUCCUUGCUUGUGGAGGAGAUUCCAGUGUUUAUGGCUAACCUCAGUAUUGCCACAGAACAGCAUGAUAUUAAUAUAACCCAGUCUGCUGCUACUGUCCAAGCAAUUGUGGAUAUACUCUCUAAAAUUGCUGAUUUGUCACAAUCAGUUUUUAUCAAUAAACCAGUAAUGGAGCAUUUCCUAAAAACAGUGGAUAUUAUUGUAUCAGAUAAUGUCAGUGAUACAUGGAGCAAACUGAGCAAAAACAACACCAGCAUUAAACUUCUGAGUGCUAUUGAGGAUAUAAGUGACCGUCUCACAGAUGAGUUUGAGAUUUAUGAACCAUCCAUUCAGCUGAAAAGAACUACAGUUAAAAACUCAUUCACUUUAACAUCAAGACUGCUAAACUCAACUACAGAGAUUGUGAUACAACAGAUUCCUCGGGCGACUAUCAUAACCAUCAUAAUCUUCACGACUCUUGACAAUGUCCUACCUACUCAUGGUAGUAAUGACAGCAGGAAAUCAGAUGUGCGCAUCAAUGGAGAUGUGGUUGUUGUUAAGGUUAAUGAGACGCUUAACAACAUUUCUUUUACAUUUGACAUUACUGAUCAGUCUUUGGGAAAUUCUCAGUGUGUCUUUUGGAACUUUAGUCUCAACACAUGGGAUUCCACUGGAUGUGAAGUAAAGCGGAACAACACUGGCAACAUUACAUGUGAAUGCAACCACACAACCUCUUUUUCGAUCCUAAUGUCACCAUUUCACAUUGAUCCCAUUCAUCUCAUGGCCUUAGCCUAUAUAACUUACAUUGGCGUAGCUAUUUCGAUGGCCAGCUUGAUUAUAUGCCUGAUUAUUGAGACUAUCGUAUGGAAGUCAGUGAGAAGAAAUGACACAUCCUACAUGCGACAUGUCUCCAUAGUCAACAUUGCGGUGUCCCUGCUGAUCGCAAACAUCUGUUUUAUCAUUGGAGCUGCAAUCGCAGAACAAGAGCAGCCACCCUCAGUGGAUCGCUGCAGUCCAGCGGUUUUCUUCAUGCACUUCUUUUACCUGGCUCUUUUCUUCUGGAUGUUAAUGUCAGCACUGUUACUCUUUUAUCGUACAGUCAUGGUCUUGUCUCAAAUGUCAAGGGCCAAAAUGAUGGUCAUUGCCUUCACAGUCGGUUACGGUGCACCUUUGCUCAUAGCGGUCAUUACUGUUGCAUCAACAGCUGGACCUCAAAAUUAUAUUUCCAAAAGAAAUGCAUGCUGGCUUAACUGGAAUGAAUCAAAAGCCUUGUUGGCAUUUGUGAUUCCAGCUCUCACUAUUGUAGCCAUAAACCUUGUGGUUUUGAUUGUGGUUCUGUACAAGAUGUUGAGGAGAGGAGUUGGUGCUGCAACUCAACCAGAUGAGAAACAUGCCCUGGUGGUUAUUGGCAGAUGUGUGGCCUUUUUAACUCCUAUCUUUGGUCUAACAUGGGGAUUUGGAAUUGGAACCAUGGCAUCACGUGACUUUGGCAUUCAUGUGGUGUUUUCACUCCUCAAUUCACUGCAGGGAUUCUUUAUUUUGGUGUUUGGAACGCUUUUAGACAGCAAGGUUCGUGAGUCACUACCAGGAAAGUUGUUGCUGCAGAAACUCACUUCUAGCCGAACCAAUAACACCAGUGCAGGAACAUUAUCCACAUCUGGACUGCCUUUCUUGCGGCGGAGGAAUGUGUACAAUGUGUCAGAAGCUAACCCUUCCUCAGCACUUCCAUCUUCAGACAGCUCCAGUAGCUCAUAUGCGGAAGAUUUUGUAGGUGGAUCAUUUGACAAGGAAAAAAAAUCUCAGACCUUGAGAAACGAGUUCGGCAUCUCUUCAUGGUUGUUUCCAGAGUCAAGGUACUACCAAAAGUCCAGAGUUUACGGUUGCCUGUCCAAAUCUCAUCCAUAUCAAGCCCACUAUCUGAGGGUGGAGGCGCCAAUCUCCGUAGAGUGGGUUCCCCCUCGAUAUAAGGUCCGCGCCUCUGUUCAGAAUGCCUGGAACAUGAGUCGCGCAUAA